UUUUCUUUGCGUGAUGAACUAUUGCUCUAACUUCGCUCGAAAUACUCAUCGAUAAACGGUGCAGUUUUUAUAGCAAAAAAAGGCUACAGGUGAGUUUCUAGGUGAUCGUCCACUUGAUGGAUAAUAAAGGCUUACGUUUGAUUGUAGAGGACAUACAAGAGCCACACAUGAUUGAACCGCGAACAACUCCAGAAAAUCCCCAAUGUAACUAAUUACUUCAAUCAGUUACCCAUUGGUCUAUUAUAUGGUCAUCCAGUUUAUGGUGUUAUUCCCGAAUUUUCCAUCAAUAAACCGUAUGCGUAUGCUGGAAAAUCUGAAAACAUAUAAUGCUUGGUUCGAAGCAUUACAAGGACAGUAAAAAACUUAUUUACAUUUUCCAUAGAACAUUAUCAUUGGGUGUUGGUCGGUCUUCACCAGCGAAUCGUGGUGCUGAUAGACAAACUCUUGUGAUUCUUGGCACAGGCUGGGGUGGUUAUAGCUUACUUCAGAAAAUCGACAAAACACUUUACAAUGUGAUUGUUAUCAGCCCACGAAAUCACUUUCUGUUUACACCAUUGCUUGCCAGCACAACUGUGGGUACUUUAGAAUUUAGGAGCAUAAUUGAACCAGUUCGCAAUACCAGAUUUCGUGACGAUCAUCACUUCCAGUUGUCUAAUGCUCUUUCCUUGAACACAGACAGACAUAUUGUUGAAUGUGAAAGCACCUUAAAUGGGAAAUGUUAUAAUGUGCAUUAUGAUAAACUUGUAAUUGCUGUUGGUGCUUGCAGCAACACUUUUAAUGUGCCAGGUGUGGAGAAAUAUGCAUUCUUUUUAAAAGAAAUUGCUCAUGCUAGGGCAAUUCGAAAUCAAAUUUUAACCAACUUUGAACUCUCAGUUCAUCCAAAUAUCACUCAUGAUGAGGAAGAAUGUUUGUUGCAUUUUAUUAUUUGUGGUGGUGGUCCCACUGGGGUGGAAUUUGGAGCAGAACUUUAUGAUUUCAUGCGAGAAGAUGUUUCUUGGAUCUACUCACAAGAAAGGGACAAAGUUAGAGUGACGUUGGUGGAACCAAAUGAAAUACUACCAUCAUUUGAUAAGAAACUGAGAGCUUUUGCUGAAAAGAAAAUACAGCAACGUGCCAGGUUUGAUUUGAUACAAAGUGGUGUUGUCAAAGUUGAUGAAAAAUCAGUCACUCUGCAAGAUGGUACAGUCUUACCUUGUGGAAUGGUAGUAUGGUCCACUGGUCUUGCUCCAAGUUCAUUUAUUGAAAACCUUGAUCUUCCAAAGUCAAGACAGCAGCAAUUGCUUGUAGAUUCCUUUUUGAAAGUGAAAGGUGUCAAAGAAAACAACGUGUAUGCUAUAGGAGACUGUGCUUGUGUUGAGACAAAUCCUUUCGCCAGCACUGCUCAAGUUGCUGAACGGCAAGGAAGAUAUGUUGCACUGCAGUUGGCUAAUGAAAUCCUACAAAAGCAUGUACAGAAGCCAUUUACUUGGAGAAGUCUUGGUAUGCUUGCAUAUGUUGGUGAAUACCAAGCUUUGGCAGAUUUCAAAACCUCAAAAUUACAAGGUUUCUUGACAUGGAUUUUAUGGAGGUCGGCAUAUUUGACCAAGCUUGGUAGUUAUAGAUUAAGGCUACAGGUACCUUUUGAUUGGAUGAGAGCUUUCGUAUUUGGACGGGAUACUUCCAAGUUUUAAACAGCAGUGAUGGAGUUUGGUAGUCUUUUAUAUGUAAUAGGCCCUAUUACUCCUUAGUAAAGUUAUAAUAUGACAGCAAGUAGAAAUCACGUAAUUAAUAAGGCUAUUGAAGAUUUUUUCCACAUCAUUGUUUAUUCUUACAUAUAUAUGGACAUAAAAUGAUCAACUGACUACUGUACAACAUUUGAUCACAUGAUAAUACAGAAGCUUUUUGACUCUCUGCUCUUUGCAUUGUGAAACAUGUACUUCGUCAUUUCUGCGUAAAUCUAAAGAUUGCCAUCCUUAUACAUGUUUACAAGUGAUUACUACUUUCUACUAAUUACAAAACUUGCUUUGCAGUAAGUUGAUUUCGCUA